CAAAGUUUUGCCAGUUAUCUCUUAGAACCUAUUUAAUUCGAUUGACUUGAUAUUUGGCAGGCUGUUAUUCGGCGCCUUCUGUGCCACUGUUUUAUGGUGAAUCAUUUGGAUUACACUUUUCCAAAUUCAAGAUAUUUGAUAAUUCCUCCCAUCCCUGGUGAGUUUCAUCAUAUUGACAUCGGAGGUUUAGCACCUUAAUCGUGUUUUCCUGAAUAUCGAUCGGCAACCCCCAUGGGGAGACCUAGGAGCUGACAUCAAUGUGACGAAAUAUCUAAACGAUAUUUUCAAAACGUCACGCUGCUAGCAAAUCCGAUGCGCUUGAGUUUUGCCUUCGGGAUAUUGUAGCUGGAAGAAGGUAAAACUGGAUAAUGCCUCCCUGCUCACUACCUUACCCAGCCUUCAAAAUCAUGCGCGGUCACUGCAAAUCCUCCCUGACGUGGUAUCGCACCAUGGUCGGUAAUCUCAAUGUCGAUGACCAGACACAGGCGCAGGACCCGAAGCUCAACCAGCCCGUGUUGUUGCUGACCUCGCAACCGGGACCGCUGAAUCUACCGGGCGCCGCCGAUAUGAUGAGUGUCAAGGAGUGUGGGCACGAAGGGGCAUUGGACAUAGUUGGAGGCGAGGGAUGAGAUCAAUGAGGCUCUGUUGAGGUUUAUUGAGGGGGGAUAGGAAAGGUGAAAGUAGAUACAGUAAUGUAACGUAACUAUCAUAUAGAUUGUGUGGAAAUUCCAC